AUGCUUUUGCCUAAAGAAACAAGAGAAUCAUCCAGUGGUCAUGAUAUACUCAACGUGCGUGUCCCUGUCGAACCCUACUGGAAUAGGGGAUUUUCCGCGGGUCAUGGAAAAACAAAAGGAAUUCCUCCAGUUUCUGAGGAGGAUGUGGGACUUAAUUUGACUGAACCGACUCACGAGAGUGUAAUGAGGCUGAAAUGGUCCAGGAUGAUCAUCGAUCAACCAACGGCUUCCGAACUUACCUUGAAUACCUCUAGAAUCUCGUCCAACGAGGAGGUGGGCAACCCAGCAGUCCAAGAUGUUCAGGCCGAAAGAACACAAGCUAUUUACGAUAGUGACGGCUGGACAUUGGUAGAUGAAGAAUGGAGAGAGUAG